AUGCGUACCACGACCCUAAUAUACCACGCCCUGUCGCUCGUCGCUGCCGUCAAGGCCGGUCCCUUGAGAAGACGUCUGCAGCCGUGGGCGCCGGCAGCCAAUGUCCCGCGACAGGCUUCCUCCCAGACCGCCAGCAGCAAUGGCCAGGCCACGCUGACCGUGUUGUCCACCGGUCCGCAGCUGUCCUCGAUAGCGACAGCGACAACGACGGCCGCAACGACUGCGGCCACUGCCGGUGUUGUCUCACACCGACUCCCUACCCCCUUCGACGCUUGCUACGUCGACGGUUCUGGCGAGCUCUGCGUCAUCCGGCGCGGUGAGCUCAGUUCCCACCAGCUCGCCAAGCUCGAUAUUUACAACUGCAGAGACCGCGGGCACUGCCAGCUCCACCACUUCGGUGCUCGCUGGUCUUGCAAGCACAGCCCCGGUCAGCGAAGCCAGCUCGUCGCCAGCCAGCUCGUCGCCAGCCAGCUCUGUGACAGCUGCUUCAGCUGCCGGCCUAUCGAGUCUAUCAGGAUCGCUUGGCAGCACCCUCACGCUUCCUCUUGUAAAGACGGCCACCUCCCAGACAUCGCUUGCAUCGGCAUCGAACCCCCCGUCGACUGCUCUGAGCACCCCAAGCGGUUUGUCUUCAGCCGCUCCAAGCACGCAUGUCUCGUCAUCUCCCACGGGGUCGGUGCCAAGUACCGCCAGCGCACCCAGUGCAUCUUCGGCCGCCGGCCCUGCUACGGGAUCCAGCGCACUGGGGUCGUCAGUUCCCCUCUCCAGCACGCUAGGCUCAGCCGCAUCUACCGAAACGUCAGCCCCUACCGGUUUAUCGUCCACCCACACCGGCACCUCUUCCACCCCGCCCACCGUCACGGUAUUCCCCCCGCGACUUCCACCGUGUCCCCGGACGUGUACCAGAGCAACCUGCAGAUAGCACGCGGGUACAACAAUGUUUUCGCCACCCUGACCGAGCAGUCAGCCUGCGAGGUCGGCCAAGCGGCGUGCGUUGCUGGAGGUCUGGGCCUGUGUCCCAGCGGCCAGAGCUUCAAGGUCAUCCCUUGCCCAGACCCUGGCGCCGCCUGCUUUGCGCUGCCAAUGAACACGACCGAGGGCGUGCUUGUGGGCUGCGCCAAUAUUGUCGAGGCGAAGCGGAUUCUGGGGUCCGUCCCAGAUGCAAUGAUACCGACCUCAUCGCUGGGGGCCUCAUCGACUGCCCCGUCCACAACGUCGCCUGCUUCAUCCACCGACCCCGCGUCCUCCGUGCCCGGCGGCGCUUCUUCAAAGUCAGCCGCUUCGACAGCAGCCAGCUCAACAGACAACAGCCGUAUCACCAGCACUACUACGGUCACGGUAGUGGCCGGCACGGGAACCGUCACCGUGACGGCUAACCCGGACGCCGCCGGCCCAACCUCUUCAGAGACGUCCACCUCCCCCUCGGAGUCCAUACCGUCCUCCGCGAGCCUCCUGACAGACCCCAUCACCCGCACCGCCACGGUAUCCUUGUCCACCGGCCUCGGCACCAUCACGCUGACCAUCAACCCGAACCCGACCGACGACCCCGCCGCGACGGCCACAACGGCGUCCGAGUCUCACCCCGCCGUGUCCGUCCCUCUAUCCGUCGGCGUGCCGGCUUCGUCCGUCGCCUUCUCCCUCCCCAGCACCAUCGUCUUCACCACCAUUGCCCAGCCCACGACGACAUCGUCGACGUCCUCGAGCCCCAGGCUGGUCGUCAUCCCCAUCACCGACGACCCCACCACCACCACGACGGCGGCGGCGGCGGCGACGGCGACGACCCAGCCGACCCGCACCGGCGCGGGGACGUCAGCGGGCGCGGCGAACGGCGCGGCUGUCACCAGCAGCAGCAGCAGCGCCGCGGUGACCGUGACGGUGACGAAGAUGCAGACGCAGCUGGUCACGGUGACGGAGACGCAGCGGGAGACGGUCACGGCUACCACGACGGCGACGGUGACGGCGAAGAGUGUCGUGGUGCAGGUUUGA